CUCACUCAGCCUAUUGCCGGCUAGAGCACUCGUGCAGUUGUGAACUUCUCUCGGAGUGCGCUGUAGCGGCCAGACUCCAGAUUUCCGCACAAUCUCCGCACACGUUCUAACUGCUAAUGCUCUGGUUCAUAAGAAAUCCCGAUAUCUAUGGCAAUUCCUGCGAUAAUACUUAUCGCAUAAUAUCAUAGCAUGGAAUGCUAUAAAGGUCCAAUGAAUUCGUGUAUGUUGUCUCAUUACUCUCCCAUCCAUAUCUAGCACGCCAUGGCUCUCUUCACACCUACCAAGCUAGGAUCUGUUACCAUCCCCAACAGGAUCGGAAUGAGCGCUCUGACGCGUAAUCGCUCAGAUCACACCGUUCCCAAUGCUAUCAUGCUCGAAUAUUAUGUCCAGCGCGCCAAGGGCGGAACUGGUUUCAUCGUCACCGAGGGAACGCUCCCAUCGCGUCAAGGGACCGAAUGGCCUAACGCACCUGGUAUCUUCAACCAAGAGCAGAUCGACGGUUGGAAGAAAAUCGUGGAUGCUGUUCAUGCAGAGGGUUCUAAAAUCUACUGCCAGUUGCUGCACUUGGGUCGGAUCAGUCACCCCGAUGCACCCGAGCAAUUGGCUGCUGGAGAGCCUGUCUGGGCGCCUUCGGCCAUCUCUGCACGCGGAGGAAAGUUCAGACUUUUGCCUGGUGUCCCGGGCUACGUGACGCCCACCGAGGUACCUGACCCCACGGUCCUCAUCGCCCAAAUCAAGCAAGCCGCGGUCAAUGCUAAAAAGGCGGGUUUCGACGGAGUCGAACUGCACGGGGCAAACGGCUACCUUGUGGCUCAGUUCCUCGAGACUCACUCGAAUCAGCGCACCGACAAAUGGGGUGGCAGCGUCGAGAACCGUACCCGGUUUGCGUUGGAGACAUUGAAGGCGCUUAUUGAGGUGUAUGGCGAGAAUGUCUCGAUCAAGAUCAACCCUGCUGGAGGCUACAAUGGCGAGUAUUUAUUUCAGGACCAUCAUUCAAAAACUGAUAGCGAAUCGGUUUCAGACAUGGGUAUGCCUCUCCAGGAUGCUAUCGACACGUACAGCUAUCUUCUGAAGGCCGUCGACACCAUGGGGCUGUCAUACGUCGCCCUCGUCCGAUACAGCGAGGCUUUCGACCCCGAAUAUGAUGGCAAGAAACGGGGCACCCCGCACGACAUUGUCGCCACGUACAGCCCUUUCUUGCAGAAAACCCCGAUCUGGGUCAAUUCCGGUGUGACUCCGGAAGAGGCUGAGAAGCUUGUGAGUGGUGGUGAGAUCGCUGGGGUGUUCUUUGGGUUUGCGCAGAUCACGUGCCCGGAUGUCGGCUACCGUAUCAAAGCUGGGAUCCCGCUCGAUAACGCGCCUGACUUGAAGCAUACGUACGGAAUCGAGGGUGUGGACUAUGCGAUCGGGUACACCGACUACCCCGCUGCGAAGUAGAAUCGAUUCUACAGUCCCUAGAACCUAUCACAUGAAACAAUUUGGC